AUGAGUAGAGUAAGAUUGCUUACUAUAUAGAAAGCAAAAGAUUAAAGACCCAAAUAUGUCUAUAAAUUGUAAUUAAGUUAACAAGUUGGAUGGAUUACAGAAUAAAAGAACAAUAAACUUUUAUUAAAAGCAUUUACAAUCAGAUAUUAGAAUAAGUUCAAAGACUUUACAGGAAAAACAGAAGACUUACAGAAGUAAUUAAAUAUCAAAUAUAAUAGAUUAAGAGAACAUUUAAAGAAUAAGGUGACAUUUUCUAAGAUAUCAGAUUUCUAUGAGGCAUAAUAUAAUUUAGGGAAAGGAAGUUCUGCAAAAGUAAUACAAAUAAAAGAGAUUGGAGCAGAAUCAGUAAUGUUAGCAGCCAAAGCCAUAGAUAAAAAUUAUCUUUAGAAGAGUGAAUUUGGAAUGUAAGCAUUUUUAAAUGAAGUUGCUAUUCUUAACUUUCUUAGUAAAUAAAACAGUAAUUCACCAUUUAUAAAAUUAUAUGAAACAUUUGAGGGCGAUCACACAUAUUAUUUAAUUUUAGAUUUAUUACGUGGAAGAACUUUAGCAGAAGAAAUAGAUCUAUUAAAAGUAUUAUAUAAUUGAUAAUUUAUUGUAUAGUAAAAGAAAGAAUUGCUAUCAUUAAAGUCAGUAAAAAUAAUAAUGUAACAGUUAUUAGAAGGAGUGAAGAUUCUUCAUGAGAAUAAUAUUAUACAUAGAGAUCUUAAACCAGAUAACAUUAUGUUCCGUGAAUAAGAUCAGUAUAAUACUCUUAUUAUAGUGGAUUUUGGAUUGUCAACCUUUACUGAUGUAUCUAAAUAUUAAUUUCCAAAAUGUGGAACACCUGGAUAUGUAGCUCCUGAGAUUUUAAAUUUAAUUGAUAGAGAAUUAAAAUAUGAUAAAGUUUGUGACAUAUUUAGUUGUGGAUGCAUAUUUUAUAAAUUAUUAUUUGGAGAUAGUUUAUUUUUUGGUAAUACAUUUAAUGAAGUGUUGGCUUAAAAUAAAAAAUGUAAUUUUAUUCUUGAUGGACGUGAUAUGGAUAUGAUUUCUUUAGAAGCAUAAUAAUUAUUAAAAAGAAUGCUUACAAAAAAUCCAGCAGAAAGAAUUACAGCUAAAUAAGCUUUGGAAUCUGAUUUUUUCAAAAAUUAAAUUACUUUAUCUCCAUAAAAUAGUAUUAAAUAUUAAUUAUUAAUUCUAGUUAUGAAAAUGUUUAAAACUAAUAAUAAUACAAGUAAUAAAAACAUUUUUUAACCAACUGCUGAUGGAUAAUUAUCUGAAGCUGAAUCUCCUUUUUAAAGAAUUUAAAAUAAACUAUUAAAUUAAAUGGAUUUUGAUGCUGAUAUAUCUGAAAAUAAAUCUUCAUUCAUUUAAAUUAAAUAAUUACCACAAGUUAAAAAACCUUCUUGUGGUAAAAUAGAAGAUUCUACUUUAGGAAGUUUCUAUACUAAAGAUCCUUUAAAUAGCUUUAAAAAAUUAAAAGCUAGUAUAAUAUUUUAUUAAAUUAAGUAUCUCUUAAAAAUUUGA